AUGUCGAUCUUUACUGACCUGAUUGAAGACUUUAUGGAGAUUUUCAUGGAUGAUUUCAGCGUCUAUGGAAGCUCCUUUAGUGAGAAGUGUCACUUCAUGGUCAGAGAUGGGAUUGUUCUACGGCAUAAGAUCUCUGAGAAAGGCAUUGGGGUAGAUAAGGCAAAGGUCGAGGUGAUGAUGAGCUUGCAGCCACCAACAACUGUGAAAACUAUCAGAAGCUUCUUGGGUCACGCAGGGUUUUACAGGAGGUUCAUCAAGGAUUUCUCAAAAAUAGUUAGACCUCUCACCAGACUGCUAUGCAAGGAGAUCAAGUUUAAUUUCGACAGCAAGAGCUUAGCUGCGUUCCAUACGAUCAAAGGAGCUCUAGUCAGCGCACCUGUUGUACAACCGCUAGACUGA